AUGCAGUUUCGAUCAAUCAUCUCACUUUUCAUUGCAGCAUGUUUACUUAUUGUAACUUUUGUUGGCAAUGUAGCUGAAAGUGGAACUAUUCUUGAUAGUUCAAAUAAGAAAAAUUUCCUUAUUCAACGUCUAGGACGUACAGCACGUAAUACACAUCACCGUUAUAGACGACAAUAUGAUAAUGAUGAUAGCAAUAUAUAUGAUACUGAUAGCAGUGGAUCUACUAUUGAUGAUGGAAAUUAUUCUAUGAAUAAUGAAUAUCAAAAUCAACGAAGUGAUGAUCAAGGUAGCAAUUCAAUGGAUACUAAUCAAAAUUGA